GUUCUAUUGACACAACACAAAGCACACACACAACACAACGCACCGCAAGAACACACCGCCCAACAUAGCCACAACCAAAUGACACACACAAAGAGGGAGAGAAAAAGAGACGCUGUUCGCUCUUUGCGUGAUUUGCCUGCAGAACCGUAAGCUGGAGAAAGCACCGGAAAACCGUUUGCACUUCGCUUCUAUUUUAACUAAAUUCAUUGAUUCUUUCUGUCGACAUGUUGGAGGGUCCAACCUUUCUUGUUUCAAGGGACUUGCCAAGCUCGUGUGAGCCAGAGAGUGAGUGGAUUUACAAUACCUUCUGUGUGAUGAAGCUUGUGAACACUAAGCGUCGACUGGAACUAGAGGAAGAAGCUGUGUUGAGGAAGUCAUGCAAGCUUUCAGAUGUUCCUGAGGAAAGGGAAACACUGAAGAAUAUCUCUGAUCUUUCCUUAUCCCAUAACCAAGUGAAUGACCAAAACCAUGCCGGUGAUCAGUCAGACUCAAGUUCACUUAUCUACCAACUCGGUCGGGACAUCUCAAUUAAUUGUCUCCUACGAUGCUCAAGGUCUGACUAUGGUUCAAUUGCCUCAUUGAAUCAAAGUUUUCGAUCUCUCAUUCGGACUGGAGAGCUUUAUAGGCUGAGGCGGCAGAUGGGUAUCAUAGAGCAUUGGGUUUACUUCUCUUGUAAUCUCCCGGAGUGGGAGGCGUUUGAUCCAAACAGCGGUCGAUGGAUGCGCUUGCCUAGAAUGCCUUCUAAUGAAUGUUUUAUCUGUUCAGAUAAGGAGUCAUUGGCUGUUGGUACUGAGCUUCUCGUUUUUGGGAAGGAAAUAAUGUCUCCUGUCAUUUACAGAUAUAGCAUUUUGAUGAACUCAUGGUCAUCUGGUAUGGAAAUGAAUGUUCCUAGAUGCUUGUUCGGUUCUGCCAGCCUUGGAGAAGUUGCCAUUUUAGCUGGUGGUUGUGAUCCACGGGGCAACAUCUUGAGCUCAGUUGAGCUUUAUAACUCAGAAACUGGAACUUGGGAGGUUCUUCCAAACAUGAAUAAAGCAAGGAAAAUGUGUUCUGGUGUAUUUUUAGAUGGAAAAUUUUAUGUCAUUGGUGGAAUUGGAGUUGGUAACUCAAAGCAACUUACAAGUGGUGAGGAGUUUGAUUUGCAGACAAGAAAAUGGCGUGAAAUACCCAACAUGUUCCCUGGGCGUAAUGCGGGAUCUGGGGUGACUGAGGUACCAGCUGCUGCUGAGGCACCUCCUUUAGUUGCAGUUGUAAAUAAUGUAUUGUAUGCUGCAGAUUAUGCCCAGCAAGAAGUAAGGCAAUAUAAUAAAGACAGUAACACAUGGGUCACUAUUGGAAGAUUACCUGACCGGAUAGUCUCGAUGAAUGGCUGGGGAUUAGCCUUUCGAGCAUGUGGAAAUCGCCUAAUUGUUAUUGGUGGGCCAAGAGCUUUGGAUGGAAGGGUAAUUGAGAUCAAUGCAUGUGUCCCAGGUGAAGGUGCACCACAGUGGAACCUGCUUGCUAGCAAGCAAUCGGGGAGCUUUGUGUAUAACUGCGCAGUGAUGGGAUGCUGAGGUGUUUACUUUUAGUGAGUAGUGCUAUAUGGGUUUCUUCUGAAUGGAAUGAGCAAUCUUCACUUGUCGGGAGAUGAUUCUGGCUCAUGGGUAAUAUCUGCCCACUUUUUGGGGGGUAAAUGUUUACUCCUAUUUAGAGUAAUAGAUACAGUAUUAGAAGGUUCACAGAUCUGAGUCUUUUCAUUUUAAAUUAUCAUGAUGGCUUUUCAAAUGUUGGCACCGUGACAGGUGAAUAAUUAGCUCUUGGUACUAUGUUGGGUUGCAAUGACCAUUUUCAUAAGUUCAAUUGAAGCAUUGCAAAAUUGUAAUUGGUCUCAGCUUUCUUCUUUACUCUCUCUUACCCUUUUUAAAUAUAUAUUUAACCGUCUCAUAUCUUCCCAAUCCUUGUUUGCAUUGCCUGUCAUCCUUUGCUUCACCUUUCCCUCCCUAUGUUGCAGAAAAAUAUAAGUGAGACAUAAAAAAAUUAGGAGUAACCUUUUUGUCCUUGCCUUUUUACUUUUCUAGUAGUAGGCCUUUUCAAAUAACAGUGUUUAAUCACACCAGUCAAGCUGUAUACUUCUGUUUGUCUCAAUCAAAGUUGUGCUUGCUUCUGUUCAGGUAAAUCUAGAUGAAUCAAUGAGAAUGUUUUCUAUCUAAUUAACCAUAAAGAGUUCCAGAAAUUAUUGGUCAUGGAAGACAAAUAAGGAAGGCGGUAGACUUUAUUUUAUUUUUGUGCAAUAAUGAUCAAGAUGAGGGCCGAUAAAGUUAGCAUUCAGGAAUUACUGUCUUCGAGAUAUAAAGCGGA